GAGAUUUGAUUCCCUUGGCGGGCGGAAGCUGCCACAACCCGGCGAUCGAAAAGAUUCCUAGGAACUCUGUACCAGCCACUUCUGUUAGGACAGCGCGCUCCUGUCUUGUUGGGCGCCGCCCCGCCGUGCCCUCCACCCCUCAGGUUCUUUUUCUAAUUCUAAAUAAACUUGCAAGAGGACUAUGAAAGAUUAUGAUGAACUUCUCAAAUAUUAUGAAUUACAUGAAACUAUUGGGACAGGUGGCUUUGCAAAGGUCAAACUUGCCUGCCAUAUCCUUACUGGAGAGAUGGUAGCUAUAAAAAUCAUGGAUAAAAACACACUAGGGAGUGAUUUGCCCCGAAUCAAAACGGAGAUUGAGGCCUUGAAAAAUCUGAGACAUCAGCAUAUAUGUCAACUCUACCAUGUGCUAGAGACAGCCAACAAAAUAUUCAUGGUUCUUGAGUACUGCCCUGGAGGAGAGCUGUUUGACUACAUAAUUUCCCAGGAUCGCCUGUCAGAGGAGGAGACCCGGGUUGUCUUCCGUCAGAUAGUAUCUGCUGUCGCUUACGUGCACAGCCAGGGCUAUGCUCACAGGGACCUCAAGCCAGAAAAUUUGCUGUUUGAUGAAUAUCAUAAAUUAAAGCUGAUUGAUUUUGGUCUCUGUGCAAAACCCAAGGGUAACAAGGAUUACCAUCUGCAGACAUGCUGUGGGAGUCUGGCUUAUGCAGCACCUGAAUUAAUACAAGGCAAAUCAUAUCUUGGAUCAGAGGCAGAUGUUUGGAGUAUGGGCAUACUGUUAUAUGUUCUUAUGUGUGGAUUUCUACCAUUUGAUGAUGAUAACGUAAUGGCUUUAUACAAGAAGAUUAUGAGAGGAAAAUAUGAUGUUCCCAAGUGGCUCUCUCCCAGUAGCAUUCUGCUUCUUCAACAAAUGCUACAGGUGGACCCAAAGAAACGGAUUUCCAUGAAAAAUCUAUUGAACCAUCCCUGGAUCAUGCAAGAUUACAACUAUCCUGUUGAGUGGCAAAGCAAGAAUCCUUUUAUUCACCUUGAUGAUGAUUGCGUAACAGAACUUUCUGUACAUCACAGAAACAACAGGCAAACAAUGGAGGCUUUAAUUUCACUGUGGCAGUAUGACUUUGGGAAGAAAAGGAUGAGAUAUAACAAAUUCAAUAGAGUCGUCUGGUAUUAUAGUGAUUAUGUGUCAAAGAAUCGGAGUCUGGAAGAUGUGACCACAAGUGAUGAAAAUUAUGUGACUGGAUUAAUAGACUAUGAUUGGUGUGAAGAUAAUUUAUCAACAGGUGCUGCUACUCCCCAAAAAUCACAGUUUACCAAGUAUUGGACAGAAUCAAAUGGGGUAGAAUCUAAAUCAUUAACUCCAGCCUUAUGCAGAACACCUGCAAAUAAAUUAAAGAACAAAGAAAAUGUAUAUACUCCUAAGUCUGCUGUAAAGAAUGAAGAGUACUUUAUGUUUCCUGAGCCAAAGACUCCAGUUAAUAAGAACCAGCAUAAGAGAGAAAUACUCACUACACCAAAUCGUUACGCUACACCCUCAAAAGCUAGAAACCAGUGCCUGAAAGAAACUCCAAUUAAAAUGCCAGUAAAUUCAACAGGAACAGACAAGUUAAUGACAGGUGUCAUUAGCCCUGAGAGACGGUGCCGCUCAGUGGAACUGGAUCUCAACCAAGCACAUAUGGAGGAGACUCCAAAAAGAAAGGGAGCCAAAGUGUUUGGGAGCCUUGAAAGGGGGUUGGAUAAGGUUAUCACUGUGCUCACCAGGAGCAAAAGGAAAGGCUGUGCCAGAGAUGGGCCCAGAAGACUGAAGCUUCACUAUAAUGUGACUACAACUAGAUUAGUGAAUCCAGAUCAACUCUUGAAUGAAAUAAUGUCUGUCCUUCCAAAGAAGCAUGUUGACUUUGUACAAAAGGGUUAUACACUGAAGUGUCAAACACAGUCAGAUUUUGGCAAAGUGACAAUGCAAUUUGAACUAGAAGUGUGCCAGCUUCAAAAACCGGAUGUGGUGGGUAUCAGGAGGCAGCGGCUUAAGGGCGAUGCCUGGGUUUACAAGAGAUUAGUGGAAGACAUCCUAUCUAGCUGCAAGGUAUAAUUGAUGGAUUCUUCCAUCCUGCCGGAUGAGUGUGGGUGUGAUACAGCCUACAUAAAGACUGUUAUGAUCGCUUUGAUUUUAAAGUUCAUUGGAACUACCAACUUGUUUCUAAAGAGCUAUCUUAAGACCCAUAUCUUUUUGUUUUUAAACAAAAGAUUAUUUUGUGGAUGAAUCUAAGUCAAGCCCAUCUGUCAUUAUCUGUUACUGUCUUUUUUAAUCAUGUGGUUUUGUAUAUUAAUAAUUGUUGACUUUCUUAGAUUCACUUCCAUAUGUGAAUGUAAGCUCUUAACUAUGUCUCUUUUUAAUGUGUAAUUUCUUUCUGAAAUAAAACCAUUUGUGAAUAUA